CAGCUAGGUUCGCUUAUUUAGGCGCGCUCUCUCUCUCUCUCUCUAGCUGUUACAUUUCUGUGGAGGCGCAGCACCACUAGCUGCAUCGUCUAUCAGCUAAUAGUUUGCCAUCAGAUCAUCGGUGAUGCUAUUUUGAAAUAGAGAUCUUUGGAUACGAAGACAAUGAGCAAGAAGAAUAUGUUAGUGUUUUUGGACGUCUCUAUUGAUGGAUGGGUAUCAAAGGGAGAAAGGAUGGUUUUCCAGCUUUUCCCUGAUGCCGCACCAAAGACUGUUGAAAAUUUUCGUGCGCUCUGUACAGGGGAGAAGGGAAUCAGUCCUAAGACUGGGAGACCCCUACACUACAAAGGAUCGUUUUUCCAUCGCAUUAUUAAAGGAUCGAUGGCUCAGGGUGGCGAUUUUAUCAAACGAGAUGGGAGUUGCGGAGAAAGCAUAUACGGUGAGAAGUUUCCAGAUGAGCCGCCAUCCAAGCUAAAGCAUGAUGAGCGUGGUACUCUAUCAAUGGCAGUGGCAGAUCGUGAUGAACGUGGUUCUUUAUUCAUAAUUACCUUCAAGGCUAAUUAUCGUCUUGACAGGAAGUAUGUUGUUUUUGGGAAGAUUGUGGAAGGAUAUAAAGUUCUGAAUAAGAUUGAAAAUGUGGGUGAUCAUGAAGGGAGACCAUCUGUAACAGUGAAGAUUAUCAAUUGUGGUGAAUUUCAUGAGGAGAAAAAGAAGGCGAAUAAAUUGAAAAUGGGAAAGGAUGCCUUUUUGGAGGCUAAUAACCAUGAAGUUCGUCAUAGAGGAAAGCACAAGAAAUCUUCAAGAGAUAGGAGAAAAAAGAGAAGAUAUUAUUCAUCUGAAUCAGAUACUUCAUCAGAUAGCGAGAUUGAAUCAUCUGAAUCUGACAGUGAUUCUGAAUCAUCUAUGUCGUCAUCGUCUGAUUUAAGUUCUUCGAGUGACGACAGGCGAAAGAAGAGAAAGAGAUCUUCCAAGAGAGACAGGUAUAGACGUGGCAAAAGGAGGGAUAGACGGCGUGAUAAAAAGCGGAGGCGACGCGAUAGGAGGUUGAAGCACAGAUCCAAAAGGGCAUCUGAUAGUCCUACUGAUUCUGAGAGCGAGAGUAAAAGUGAAAGUAGCCCAGAUGAUGGUGAUGCUGAACGGAAGAAUAAAAACCAGCCUCAGAUAACCGUUGGAAAUCAGUCUCCUUUGGAUGAGGAGAGAGCUACUUCUAUUCCUCAUAAAAAGGGAGAGGCAACUGAUAUGCAUGAAAGGGAAGAGGGUGAAUACCCCAAGGAAAAUGGAGGGCAGCGGAGCAAUGGAAUAGAAGUGGAAAAUAAGUCCGACAGAAGUGCAGAUCGGCCUGAUGUAAUGGAUGAUCACCCAGGAAAAUCUAGGAGCCGAAGCGUUAGUCCUAAAAGGGCCAUGAGCAAGAGUAUGAGUAUUAGUCCCAAGAAGAGCCAGGGUGUGAGCAGAAGUCCUAGUGUUGAUAAAAGCCCUCGAGUCUCACGGAGAAGCAGGAGUAUCAGCAGAAGCCCAGUGAGAAGUGGCAGCAGAAGUCCUGUGAGGGGCAAGGGAAGAAGCAUCAGCAGGAGCCCUUUGAGAGCCCGACCUGGAAGAAGCAUUAGUAGGAGUCCCACAACAUCCCCACCUCUAAGGAGCCUUAGCCGAAACUCACUAAGAACCUCAUCAAGGAAGUCAUCGCGAAAGUCAGUGAGCAGAAGCCCUAUAAGAAUUGUGAGAAGUGUAAGCAGAAGCCCUGUUAGAUCCUCUCGAAGAAGUGUCAGCAGAAGCUCAGGUAGGGCCCCUUCUAGGAGAAGUCCUAGCAGGAGUCCAGUUAGGGCUCCUACAAGGAAUAAUCGUCGCAGCCAUUCAAGGAGUCCUGUAAGUGCAGGACGCAGGGUGUCUCCUAUUUCUGAUCGUGGAAGGAGCUCAUCAAGAAGUCCUUCCCCAGAUGGGUCGCCCAAGCGCAUCAGAAGGGGGAGGGGUUUCAGUCAGCGAUUUGCGUUUGCCCGCAGAUACAGAACCCCUUCUCGUUCUCCUGUGAGGUCCUACCGUUAUGGCGGUAGAGGUGAUCGUGACAGAUAUUACAGAAGAUCCCCUAGGCGUUACAGGAGCCCACCCAGAGGGAGAACUCCUCCAAGAUAUAGAAGCAGAAGAAGCAGGACUAGGAGUCCUGUAUCACGGAGCCCAAUCCGCUACCGUGACCGCCGUUAUAGUCGCAGCCCUAUUCGCAGUCGCAGCCGUUCUCCCAUUGAGACGUCUAGAUACCGUGAGUACCCCCCACUUGCUGAGAGGCGGAGGUCACCUUCUCGCAGCAGGAGCUCCUCAUCAGUAUCGAGGUCCUCACUUGACUCGCAAUCACCCAAAAGGGCAGCAAGCAAAGAAAGGUCAAGGUCAUCUUCUGGGAGUCCCCCGGGGAAGAAGGGCUUGGUCUCUUAUGGAGAUGGAUCUCCGGACUCAGGCAGGUAAGGCUGUGUUGGUGGUGAUGAUAGUAAAUGGAUGGUGGAGAUGAUCUUGUUAUGACCUGUGGUUAGGAGGUUUGGACUAUGUAUGUUGAAUAAUAGAUGUUGCACCUUAUGUUUUGGCAAGUAAUCAUGGCUGCCGCGUAGAUAUUCUCUUAUUCAAUAGCUGUUCGUAGUCGGUUGUUCAUUCGAGGGGUAAACUUCUAAGUCAGAGAUAAUGAGAGGAUUCAAUUUUGGAAUUUGGUUGACGUGAACAAAUAUAUGCACUAGUUAACUUGCGAAGUUUAUUUGUGCUGAAUUAUUAAUAUGUUUGCCUUCACUUAAAA